AUGUUAAAGAAGUGGAAGGAGUCUUGUGGGGUCCCUGCGUCUGCGUAUGAUGUGGCCGCAGGUGGUCGUUCAGUGGAGGUGUUGCUAUAUCAUGAUGCAAAAGCCCCUCCUCUGCAGGGAAAUGCAGUGCUGAUCAGUUCACAUAUUGUUAUUACGAAUGGUCCAUGGGGAAAGGUAUUAUUUUGGGUGGCAUUUCAUAUUAUUAAGGGCAUCCAUUGUACAGAGUGUUUGUUUCUCCCUGGUAAGUCGUUUGACAUCCCUAUAGAAGAGAGUGAAUCUCCUCUCCUUGAGGAUGAGAUAAUCCAAACAUCAUCCGUGGGACGGAAGGUUAUUUCACUUGAUAUAUUUGCCGAUGGAGCGGUGUUAACAUUGAAAGUGAUGGGCUCAGAGGGUGAGAGAUUUGCUCGAGCUGCGAUGUUUCUUUGGCGUCUAAACCGCGGUGAGGUUGAACCAAUAUCUAUACCAUUGUAUCAUGCAGGAGAUGCGAUUUAUGCUUUGAGUGGGGCUCCUGUACGACUAACGGCAACUUUGGUGCAGCGUCCGUCUGUUGGAGUAGUCAAUCAAUACGAAACGAAACGAACACCUGUUGAUAUUGUUAUGGUAAAUGAAAAGGAGAUUUACAUCGUGAAGAAGCCACAGAAUACUGCUUUACUAUUAUGGCGUGAUUUAAAAGAUGAGAAUUGUGGAAAUGUGGAGGUGUUACCACUUAAUACUCUUGCUUUGUUGAUAUUUCCUACUAAUACUUCUUUGAAGAUUGUAGGAUCCCGAGGUGAAGUUUGGAUCUUUGAGAUUUCUGAUCCUUCUACCGAUUCUUCUGUUCGUUCUGCAUUGCAGCGACUAACAGAGUUAUUUCUUCUUGGGGUAUUAAAAACAAUACAACAUCCACAGAAAAGUUUUGUUCCCACAUUUGGGCUUCGAUACUUUGAUAUGAUCGUCCUGUACCAACAAUACUGUGCAAUGGAUACAGAUGGAGUUGGAUAUGUUCUCCGAUCUACACUAGAGGCGGCGUUAGGUCCCGUGCUCUCAAGUGAUGCACGUCUCGUGCAGGCAGUAACUUUCCAUGAGGAACAGGAAGAGAAAGAUCAUCAUGAUAAUAAUAGUGAUGAUAAUAAUAGUGAUGAUAAUCGUUAUAGCAGGGUAAGUUUAACUUCAUAUAUGGAUCGUAUGAGGAUUCUCUUGCAAGGGACUCUUUUGGAGCGUGCCAUGUUUGCUUUUCGAGCCUUUGGAGGUAUAAAACACGGAGGAGAUGUAUUUUCUGUUAAAGGGGAAAACAGAAAUGACAGUGUUCGGGUUUCAGAUUUUAAAUUAAUUGCGCGAGAUAUUUUACUCGGGUUACGUUUUAAACCUUUAAAAGAAAAUGAAACCAUUGAUGACUUACUAAAUCAUAUAUUGAGUGUGAUAGAAAAAGAUUGUCAUGAGGAGUCUGGUGUCCCUACCAUGUCCUUCGAGAUAUUCUUACAGGCAUAUAAGUUACUAUUGGAACGAGUAGAAAUAAAGAAAAAAGGUGAUGAACACGCGAACGAUACAUUUCUCUGUGGAACUCCACCACCAUUGUUGGGAUUUGGGGCUGCACAGUGGGUAUUGAUCACUCAUCUUCUCGCAGGUGUGGAAGCCUCUGUGUGUGCUACAUUAGUGGAUGGAAAUGUUUCUGCAGAUAAAAAUACGUUUGAUGUCACUAAUGGAACCCCAACGAUAUCUAGUAUGAAUGAUAGUUUCAUAUCUCAACAAGGAAUGACUUCUGUCUCGUCUGGUUUCUUCCUUAAACGUAUUCCCAUGUUGCAGAAUGAUCAUGUGAGUUUUACAGAUUACGCCCCUCGUGCUUUCCAAACCAUUCGUGAGAGAUUUGGUGUGGAUGUGCGUGAAUUUCUAGAUGCUCUUGGCAUUAGUGCACUGCGGGCCCGACUCUUAUUAGGACGUUUCUGUGCCCCAAGAGACUUUCGCAGUAGUGGCCGUAGUGGUGCCUUAAUGCUCAGUAGUCAUAAUUAUCGAUUUGUGUUGAAGAGUGUAUCGCCAGGGGAGUCCCGCACUCUUCGCCGUUUUCUUCCCGCGUACAUCACACACUUGGAGCGGCAUCCACACACACUCCUCCCACGAUAUGCGGGUUUGUAUGCAUUGUGGUAUCGCGGCUCGAAGAGUGCGUUUGUGGUGAUGGAGAAUAUAUUCGCCCCGGCACAGUUCCCUAUUGAGGUGGUGUAUGAUUUAAAAGGAUCUACUUUACAUCGCAGUACUUCAAUUGAACAUCGUAAACAUGGAGCAGCCGCGAAAGAUAAGGAUUUUUUGGCAGAUAAUAGACGACUUUAUUUAUCAGCAAAUGCACGAGAUGCUCUCAUGUUUCAACUAGAGUCCGACACGCAGUUCUUGGAAGAAUCCAAUACACUUGAUUACAGUUUACUUGUGGGGAUUUACAUUAUUGAUAGUGAGACGGCAUCUUCAAAGGAGUCGGCAGAACUUUUAAAGCAACAGGAGCGACGCAUGUCAGAGUUAACUAAAGUGCCCAGUGAUGAACGUAAAAAAAUGUCCAUGGAUGAGGCUAAAAACUACGUGGAUAGUGUAUUUCAUGGAUUCUAUGGUGGUGUUGGUUCUUCGGAUGGAUCACGUGUUUACUAUUUCGGUAUUGUGGAUUGUCUGACAACGUAUGGACUGAAGAAGGUUGGGGAACACUACGGUAAAUCUAUGCUUCUGCAGGAUAUGAAGGAAGUAAGCUGUGUGCCUCCACCAGACUACCGAUCACGAUUCUUAAACUUCGUACGGUCUAUUAUCGAUGAGUGA